CUUCACACCAAACACAAAAUUAUAGUGUUAGAGCAAAACCCUCUCUUCUUCAAUAGAAUUCACAUCUCUUUAUCUCUUAUCAAUUUAAGUCAAGUCUUAUCCUAAAACGCACCAAUACUCACUCAACUCAAACCUUCCUCUACUUCUCAACUAUAAGUACCUACCUCAAUUAUUCAACUUCCCAAAACACAACACAACACAACAUAACACCUUAUUCUCUUCUUUCUCUCUUUCUUUUAUUCUCUCUCAAUUAUUAAAAACAAACAUUUUCCUAAUAACAUGACUAGAAUAUUAUUACAAUCCAUUUCCUCCGCCGCACCACCGCCGGACUCCGCCGCCUCAUUAGAAUCCGACUUCGUCGUCAUCCUCGCCGCUCUCCUCUGCGCUCUAAUCUCCGUCGUGGGUCUCACCGCCAUUGCCCGUUGCGCCUGGCUCCGCCGUACCCCCGUCGCCGGAGCAUCACCGUCGGCGGCGGUGGCCAACAAAGGUCUCAAAAAGAAGGUUCUCAAUUCACUUCCGAAAUUCACCUACCUCGACGACACUCCCGGAAAAUGGGUCGUCUCAUCGGAGUGCGCCAUUUGUAUCUCGGAGUUCACCGCCGGUGAAGAGGUUCGGGUGCUUCCUCAGUGUGGUCAUGGCUUCCACGUGGCAUGUGUUGACACGUGGCUUGGGUCUCACUCUUCUUGCCCUUCUUGCCGUGCUCCGUUUGCCGUUGCUAGGUGUCAGAAAUGUGGGCUUUAUCAACCGACGGCUGCCGGAGAAGUUGCCGGUGAAACGGAACAGAAAACUGCCGGCGGCGAGAAUGUAGAAGUUGUUGUUGUUAAUGCUAAUUGUAAUGGUAAUAGUGUUGAUAGGCAUAGGCACAAUGUUCAUAAUGGCUUCUUGCCUUAAAAUUUGUUGUGCAAUAUUUUGUAUGAGUUUGUAUAUGAAUGUAAUGUACUAUAUAGUUUUAUUUAGAUCUUUGUUUUUUUAUUUCUCA